AUGCUCGACUCCAUGAACCUUCAAAAUGGAAUGACGAGAGCCAUGAUCUACAAUGGGGGGCUAUACGUGAUCGCGUCGAAGUCAUCAGGUGAAGACCACAGACGCAAAACGGUCGCAAUCCUCAGCGCCAUGUACAGAGCUCUCGCCGCGGCGCAGGACAGAGCAUGGAUCCCCAAUAUCGAGUUCAUCUUCUCAGUAGAAGACAUGGCCACCGAUGUGACGGGCAGCAAAUCACAACCGCUCUGGGUCUUGGCCAGAAAGGCGACUGAGAGGGCCUUCUUCCUUCUACCAGACUUCGGCUUCUGGGCUUGGGACAACAUGAUCGAAGGCAAGAACAACGAGAUUGGUCCUUAUGACGAAGUCGUCGACAAAGCAAUGUUUUUGGAAGAGGGCACCGACUUCGACAGCAAGAUCCCUCAACUUGUCUGGCGCGGGAAGCUGAGCUUCGCCCCGAAGUUAAGAAGAGCGCUUCUCGAUGCCAGUGGAGGUGCCGACUGGAACGACAUCAAAGAGAUCAACUGGCGAGUAAAAGACAACUUCCUCUCCCUGGACGAACACUGCAAGUACAUGUUCAUUGCGCACGUCGAAGGCAGAUCAUACUCAGCAUCACUGAAGUACCGACAAGCCUGCCGAUCCGUCAUUGUCGUGCACAAGUUGCAAUACAUCCAACACCACCACUACCUCCUCGUCUCCGACGGUCCACACCAAAACUACGUCCAAGUCGAGCGCGACUUCUCCGACCUCGCCACCAAAAUGGACGACCUCAUCGACAACCCCGACAAGGCCAAGAUGAUCGCCGACAACAGCGUGCAAACAUUCCGUGAGCGAUACCUCACACCAGCCGCAGAGGCGUGCUACUGGAGAGCGCUGUGGCAGGGGUACGGCCAAGUUUCCGACCGCGCACAUCUGUGGCACGACUCCUUGACCGGUAGGAAGGUCAAGCGUGGGCUGAGAUAUGAAAUGUUUGUGUUGCUGUCGAGCGAGGAGAUGUUGGAUUUCAAGGUCAGCUCGGGCUGA